AUGUCUUCAAGUUAUUCCGUUUGUGCUGAACCAGCUAAUUUACCUCUAGCAGGGGAUUUACAGUAUCCUGUUGUUGAGAGUGGACAAACUGUAUAUGGAAUGCAGUUAACAAGAAUAGAUCCAUGGUAUAGCGGUAAAAUCGAAAAGAUAUAUAAUCAAGAUAAUAUACACAUAGUAUUUCAAACUUGUCAAAAGUUAGUGUCAACAAAACAAAUUGCAUACUCUACACCAAAUUCAGUAAGAUUUCCGGUGGGUUGCAGAGUAAUUGCUAAGUUUAAGGAUCCUAAUUCUCAAUAUGACAAUGAAUUUUAUGCUGGUAUAGUAGCUGAACCUCCAAAUGCGUUUAAUAAUUUUCGAUACUUGAUUUUUUUUGAUGAUGGUCAAGUUCAAUAUCGAACACACCAAGAUAUUCGUUUAGUUGCACGUUUGAGAAGUAAAGAUAUUGUAUGGAUAGAUGUAGUAGAGAAUUCCCGGUAUAUUAUAAAAAGUUAUUUGGAGAACUACCCAAACCAACCAAUGGUUGAGUUGAACAUACAACAAUCAGUACUAGCAGUAUUUCAGGGGCAGUGGCAGAUGGCAGAAGUGCUUGAAGUUGAUGCAUCUAUGGUUAAAUUAUAUUUUACCAAUUCCCAACAUAGCGAAUGGAUAUAUCGUGGUUCAACACGUUUGUAUAAUAUUUUUAAAAUAACAUGCAUGUCUGUGAAAGAUAAUUUAGCCAAUUUAAAUACAACAUUUGCGGAAUUCACAAGUGUAGAAGAAAAGCCCUCCCGCCUUUUAGCUAAAGCUGAAGUUUGUUAUAGUACCAGGAAGAAUUCAACAACCACUGGAACUCGAAAAUGUAAUAAAAUUAAGGCCAAUGUUACUAAGGUUGUUGACCUAAUAUUGCCUGAAACCGUUCAUAAUCCAAUUAAAUAUAGCAAACACAAAUGUAAUCCUUUAUGUGUUACAUGGACAUCAUAUAACCAUGAGAGCACUAGGACUAUCAACAUGUUGACUAUUCCGUUACAUUUUGGUUUUACCAGGCAUCUAACCAAAAUUAAUAAAUAUAAAAAAAAAGUGGAGUACAGAACCCCGUGUGGUGUAAAUAUUCAAAACAUAGAACAGAUGCUGGAAUAUCUUAUUGUUACCAAAAGCGCAAUGACUAUUGACCAAUUCGAUUUUAAUAAUUGGGUCAACCCACUUGCCGAAUAUAAAAUCAUAAAAAGUGUGCAGUUUCUAAAAGAUAUAUCCGAGGGCAAAGAAUUUAGGGCCAUACCAUGUGUGAAUAUUAUUAACAGUACAUUACCACCAAAAAUGGAUUAUAUGACUACUAGACAACCAAUGCAAGGUGUUCACAUAAAUGUAGAGAGUGAGUUCUUAUGUGGAUGUGACUGCACCGACAACUGUCAAGAUAAAUCGAAAUGUGCUUGUUGGCAAAUGACUAUCGAAGGACAGAAGAAUUUGUACAAAGACCCAAAUAUUGGUUACAAUUAUCGAAGAUUGCCCGAACACGUUGUAACGGGUAUUUAUGAAUGUAAUAAAACAUGUAAAUGUUCCAGUUCAUGUUUAAAUCGUGUGGUACAGAACCCACUGUCGCAAAAGUUACAAUUAUUCAUGACUGAGAAGAAAGGAUGGGGUGUCCAAUGUUUGAAUGAUAUACCUAAAGGGAGUUUCAUAUGUAAUUAUGUAGGUUGUUUGUUCACUGAUGCUGAUGCUGAUAAAUUUGGGAAAAAAUAUGGUGAUGAAUAUUUCGCAGAAUUAGAUUAUAUUGAACAUGUUGAAGAAAUAAAAGAAGGUUAUGAACAUGAUAUACCAAGCAGUGACCAUGAAUAUGAAACUGAGACGAUUCACUGCGAAUCAUCUGAUGGUAAUUUUUAUUAUUAAUAAAUAAUUAUUUAUAAUUCAUAUAAUAUAAAUAAAUAUUUUUAUUAUUUAGGUAGAAGAUUUGAAAAACGCAAAAUAUCUAAGACAAAAAAAGAUGUUAAACAUAUGCGGGUUUUGUCCAAAUUCAAUACACACGAUAUGAAAAAAAACACUAAACCUUCAAAAUCAGUGCGUGAAUACUUUGGAAACAACGAGAGUGCAUAUAUUAUGGAUGCCAAAAUUAGAGGCAAUAUUGGACGUUAUUUCAAUCAUUCGUGUUCUCCAAAUAUAUUUGUCCAAAAUGUAUUCGUGGAUACGCAUGACUUACGGUUCCCAUGGGUAUCGUUAUUUGCACACAAAAACAUACGUGCAGGAACGGAGUUAACUUGGGAUUAUGGAUAUAUAGUAGGAAAUGUUCCACAAAAAAAAUUAAUAUGCAAUUGUCAGUCAACAAAAUGUAGGGGGAGGUUACUUUAA